CGGUGGUGACAAGAAGGAGGCGGUAAAUGACGAUGACGAUGAGGACGAGGAGUUUACCCCUGCACUCCAUCGGGACAGCAAGUGCGCCGCUUCCGAGAGUUGCAGUCAGGCCGCUAGCCUCACAAUUUCGAUUGGCGUCCUCCUCUUUCUCCUCCUCAACAUCCCCUCCUACUUCUUCUUCUUCCUCUUCCUCUUCGACUCCAGCAUCAUCACCCCCGCCAUCGUCCCCUUUGUCAGGGGGUGGACCGCAACCGGAUGCAAAAGACUCAAAAGAAAACUCGUUUGCAUUCCUCGAGCAGCUGCAGCGGGCGUUCCGGGAGCGAAAAGCAGGCAACGGCAACAGCAGCUCGACGCUCCAGCUGACGCCUGCGCUCCGCCAGAAACUGACCGAUGCGAGCCAGAGGUGGAACGUGCUGAGCGGGUACGACGAAGUGCUUCGAAAGACGCUUCUCGUGGACGAGGCCGAGGCACAGCUCAAAGAGAUCCGAACGCGGCAAAAGGAGGUGCGGCAGGCGUACGUCGAUGCCGUCGCGCGCCGCUCGGCCUCGCAGCGGCGCAUCAACGAUUUGCUGCAGCGAAAGAGCGCCUGGACAGACGAGGACCUGUCUGCUUACACGGCCCUGCUUCGCGCCGAACACGGCGAGGGCCGGGCCGAGUCCGAGGCGCAGGCGGCCUACGACGGCGUCGAGCGCGAGGUGGGGCGAAGCUGGGAUGCCGUGCAGCGCACCACGCUGGAGCGGUACCACGCCGAGCAGGUCUGGCGCGACCGCGUCCGCGAGGCGAGCACGUACGGCAGCAUCGUCGUCGCCGUCGUCAACGUCGUCGUCUUUGUGGCGGCGAUCCUGUUUGUGGAGCCGCUGAAGCGCAAGAGGCUGGCACGGACGUUUGAGGAGCGGCUCGUCAAGGUCGAAGAGGACCACACGGCCCUUGUCCAGGGCCUUGUCCAGGACUUGGCCAGCGACAUGGGUACAAAGGUGCAGGGUAUCGAUGAGCGGCUCGGUGUGCUUCUGCAACGAGCAGGCGUGGCGCUGCCCAACAACGAAGAGGGGAUUCGAGCAGGUGCGUCACCUGACGAGUCGUCGUCGGCCACGACGCAGCCGCUGCCACCAUCAACAUCAACACCAGCAACAUCACCAUCAACAUCACCGCCGCCGCCGCCGCCGUCGCCAGAGAGGUCCCAGACGCACAGGAAGGACAUGGCUCUGGCUGGCGGCCUCGGAUUCGCCCUCGGUGCAGGCAUCUUGGCCGCCAUGGGUGCCGUCUGGAGCUAG